AUGCAGCUGUUCUUUUCAAUAUAUCUUGAAAGCUACAACACAUCUCUAGCAGAACUCGUGGCACGCACCUUCUCAGAAGCUUCUGGCAUUCCAGUGGACCCAGACACGGAGGUCGUGCUCAGCUCCGGCCAGACCUGCGCAUUUGCCUCAGCAUGCCUGGCAGUGUUCCAACCUGGUGAUGACGUCAUCCUGUUCGACCCUGCCUUUGAGGCGUAUCACGGGGCCAUUCUGAUCGCUGGUGCUAACCCGUCGACUCAAAAGCAGUCUCUCAAUGCCAUUCCCACCCUCCGGUCCAUUGUCUAUUCCUGCCCGCCUAUCCAUCCAUGCCAGGUGUACGUGGCUCUCACUCCUCCCCACUGGUCGAUCGACUUCACCCGUCUCGCAGCCGCCCUCACUCCACUCCCUCAUGAUGCUACUCUCCUGCUUACCCUUCCCUCCCUUGACCAUUCGCUCCCUCCCGUCCGUCCAUCCCAGGUGUACGUGCCACUCUCCCCUCCCCACUGGUCCAUCGACUUCGCCCGUCUCGCAGCCGCCCUCACUCCACCCACUCUUGAUGCUACUCUCCUGCUUACCCCUCCCUCUUUUGACCAUUCGCUCCCACCUAUCCAGGUGUACGUGCCUCUCUCUCCUCCUCAUUGGUCCAUCGACUUCACCCGUCUCGCAGCCGCCCUCACUCCACGCACCAAAGGCAUCAUUCUCAACAGUCCGUGCAACCCCACCGGCCGUGUGUUCUCACACACGGAGCUCUCCAAACUAGCAGAGUUCUGUUGCCAUCACGACCUGCUCGCAAUCACAGAUGAGGUGUACAGUGCUUUCACCUAUGGCAGCAGUGGCGCCGAGCGCCAUGUGUCGCUCGCUCAUUGGCCGGGCAUGAAGCAGCGCUGCAUCGUCACCUCGUCUGUGUCAAAAACGUUCCACGUCACUGGUUGGCGAGUGGAAUGGACCAUAGCCCUGCCGCCCAUCGCAGCAGCCAUCAGAACCAUCAGCACCAUCGAUGCUUGUGCCCAUCGAUGCUUGUGCCCAUCGUGCCCCUCUUCUCUUCGCCUUUCAUUUUCUCCGCUGACCCCUCUCAUCCCCUCUCAUCCCCUCUCGUUUCUUCCAGGUUGGCGGGUUCGCGGGUGGGGUUGGCGGGUGGGGUGGGCCAUAGCCCCAGCGCCCAUCGCAGCAGCCAUCAGCACCAUCAGUGCCAAGCUCAUCGACACUCCUCCAGCCCCCUUCCAGGAAGCUUCUCGUGCUGCACUGUGCCUUCCGCCAUCCUACUACACUCAAUUGAGAGAGGACUACACACACAAGCGGGACACAGCAGUGGCCAUGCUGCUGGAAGCGGGGCUGGAGGUGACUCUUGUUCCGGAGGGGUCUGUGUUUGUCUUCGCCCGCAUUCCCGAGCGAUGGGGUGUUGAUGAUGUAAGCAGAGGCGUGCUGAUCAUUUAA